AUGUUUACUAAAUUAAAGACAGAUAUUUGUGGAUUCACCCUAUUCGUGAUCCGUCUCGUUUUCUUCAACAUGUAUGACGUCGCCGGUGUAUGCAACGGUUGCCUUGCUGGGUUGGUUUCCAUCACUGCUGGGUCGGCUAACGUAUCAUCAUUCAGCGCGUUAAUCAUCGGCAUCAUAGGAGGGUGUCUUUACCAAACUGCUUCCCGAGUCGUUGCAUCACGACACAUCGACGAUCCCAUUGAUGCGUUUGCUGUGCACGGUAUGAGUGGAAUUUGGGGGACUAUAGCGUGUGUGCUGUUUGAUAACGGCAGUGGCUUCAGUGUUUUCGGACCAGCAGGAAUCUCUCGUAUCGGGCCGAACAACUACGAGCCUUCGGUGACUUCCCUCGAAUAA